UGCUGGUUCAGCAGUAUUGUAUUAAACACAGGGAGGUGGAGGUGUUCCUCUCACUGGGGAAUCUCUCCAGGUCCACCUUCCAGGCGUAGCCUAGCUUAGCACAACAAAUCAUGGAUGUUACCAUUUGUCUGCAGUUUCUCCUUUUGUUCAUCUUGUGUUUCUUUACUUUCAUUAUUAUCAAGCAAUAUAAUACAAGCUGACAAUGCAACGCCACAUUUCAGUCAGGAGCAACUCAUUAACAGACAAAUGGGAUGUUACAGUUAAAAAGGAAGUCUGUUUGUUUUUCUAUGUUCCUGGACUAAUGCCUAGUGAAUUCUCUAAUGCAGCUGAGAGCUGUGCGCAGUCAGUCGUAGUGUUUGCAGAGAAGAUAUGAUGUGAUGUAAAGCAUUGGAUCAGUCAGGACUCUGAAGCUGACUAACUCAAAGAACUAACUAUUAUUUUAACUUGAUCUCAAACUGUUGGAUUGUGUUCAUCCCUGCAGGAUCAAUGACGAGCCAAUCAGAGCCAAGAUACAGAAGAACUGUGACUCCGAUGUGGAACAGGAAGUGAAGACAGACAGAAAGGCUCCUGAAUCCUUCUCACCUGAACACACAACUGAGUCUUCAUACAGGUUCAGGUGUCCUGGUCCAGGUAUGUUCCAGUGUGCUUCGACUGGCCUGGUGUUCGUCAUGGCUCAGAAGGCGGAGCUUCUGUACAGGGCGGCCACUUGGGAUGAGAGCCUCCUCCAAUCAGCUGGCAAGCAGGCAGCAGGGCCGCUGUUCGAUGUGAAGAGUUCUGAUGAAGCUGCCGUCUGCCAGCUCCACCUGCCACACAGCGAGAUAGAGGAUGCGCUGCUCCUGGACGGCCUGUUGUCUGUCGUCCACAUCACUGAUGAAGGCCUGAGCAUCUUGGAGCCGCUGGAGGUCACACACACUCACGUGGUGGUGAAGGUGCUUCACCUCUCUCUCUUUGGCCUCAUCAUCGAUAAAUUGAGAAGGCUUCUAAAGUUGCGAAUAAAGGGCCAAAUUCUGCUGCUCCUACGACCCCCGGGCCGAGAGGAACAAAUACUGGAUGUAUUUCUGCUGCAGAACAACGUCCUUGAGGAGGAGGUUGUUAAAAAACACAGACGUGCUGUGAACAUCCCAAUCUCCUCCGACUGUGAGCUGGACAUUGAUCACAGUUACAGUGUGCACUGUGAACCUGAGGGCUUCUUCAUUCAGCCUCAGAGUAAAAGAUUUGAUUCCAGGUUUGGACCAAACUACCACCCGACAUUUCAAGUUUCCCUGACGACGAGCACAGAGAGAGUGGUUUUGAAGGUCAAGGACCAAGGUGGAAACGUAGUCUGGGAUUAUCGCGUGUCACUGGAAGAUCCAAGGCAUGAAUUGUCCCAGAGAAAUGUCCCAGCAGUGAUCAGCGUCCCAGCAGAGAUCAUAGUCCAAGCAGAGAGCAGAGUCUCAGCAGUGAGCAGAGUCCCAGCAGAGAGCAGAGACCCAGCAGAGAGCAGAGUCCCAGCAGAGAGCAGAGUCCCAGCAGAGAGCAGAGUCCCAGCAGAGAGCAGAGUCCCAGCAGAGAGCAGAGUCCCAGCAGUGAGCAGAGUCCCAGCAGAGAGCAGAGACCCAGCAGAGAGCAGAGACCCAGCAGAGAGCAGAGUCCCAGCAGUGAGCAGAGUCCCAGCAGAGAGCAGCGUCCUAGCAGUCGAGUGGCUGUUCUCAGUUCGGGCAGAGUUCAUUCAAAGAGUGACUCCAACUCUCCUGAAGAACCUUCUGGAUAAACUCUUUCAGUCUGGAGUCAUCAAUGAUUCUGAAAUGACGUCGGCCAGAGCCAAACCCCAAAUUGACGGAGCACGAGAGAUGGUGGACGCGGUGCGAAGAAAAGGAGCUGCAGCCAGCAGGGUUCUGAUCAAUGCUCUCCGUGAGCUGGACCCGUAUCUUUACGAAGACCUCAACUUGAGCUGAGGAAAAACCUUGUGGAGUGUGUGUGACAGUUGAAGUCCUAGUCCUCUGUUUUGUUACCUGUACAUGUUUCCACUUGUCCUUGAAGGUAACACAGAUUCUGAGCGAAGGCCACUUUCCUUCUCUCUUUUCUCCUGGACUCCCUCCUGAGAGCAUCUACCCGUAUCGGCCUUCCUUUGGUAUUAGCUUGAGUUUUUUUCAAGUACAUGUUUACUUUAUUACAUACAAUACUUUAAUUUACCAGCAUCCAUUGCAUCCUUUCACAUUUUUGUCAGGCAUAGGAGCCGGGUCAUGACAAAAAUAAGGGCUUGUUCUUAUUUUACCAAUUGGUACUGACUUCUGGGUAAGAUUUGGGAUUUUGGGGCAUUUGGUACCAAGGCAUGCGAUUUGGAGUUUUAUUUGUUUUGUAUUAUCAAACUGUAAAAACCUGUACCUGUUUGUGCUGGUGAAUGUAAAUAUAAUAUACUUAGGUAGUGAAUUAAACCCAGUGGUGUUCAGUAACUAAGUACAUUUACUCAAGCACUGUACUUAAGUACAAUUCUGAAAUACUUGUACUUUACUUGAGUAUCUCAAUAUUUUGCUACUUUGUACUUCUACCCAGUGGCGGCUGGCCCAUAGGGGGCGAUAGGGCGCCGCCCUCCCUAAACCCAAGCCCCCAGGAAGUGCUCCGGACUCUCAAAAUGGGUUGUGUCCAAACGGCGGUACUGCAACUUCCGUAUCAG